GCUUUGCAAAAUGUUACGAACUGACAGACAUGGAAACUAAAGAAGUUUUUGCAGGAAAGAUUGUUCCAAAGGCUUUGCUUUCAAAACAACAUCAAAAAGAAAAAAUGUCCCAAGAGAUUGCCAUUCACAGAAGUCUGAACCAUAUAAAUAUAGUAAACUUUCAUGGUUUUUUUGAAGAUCCAGAUUUCAUCUACAUUGUUCUAGAACUUUGUCGAAGGAGGUCUCUCAUGGAGAUGCACAAGAGGAGAAGAGCAAUAACAGAGCCAGAGACUCGCUACUUCAUAAGACAAAUUGUUACAGCCUGCAAGUACCUCCAUGAGCAAAAAGUAAUUCACAGGGAUCUUAAGCUUGGUAACUUGUUCCUCAGUGAUGACAUGGAAAUCAAAGUGGGAGACUUUGGUCUGGCAACACGUGUAGACUAUGAUGGGGAGAGAAAGAGAACAUUGUGUGGAACUCCAAACUAUAUUGCUCCUGAGGUACUUGGAAAGAAGGGACAUAGUUUUGAAGUGGAUUCAUGGUCUUUGGGAUGUAUAAUAUAUACACUGCUGGUGGGAAAGCCUCCAUUUGAGACUUCCUCUCUAAAGGACACCUACAUGAGAAUCAAGAAAAAUGAAUACCACAUUCCUUCUAGAGUCAGUCUUCCAGCUCGUAAUUUGAUACAAAAACUACUUCGGUCUGACCCUAUUCAAAGACCAAACAUGGAUCAACUCUUACAUGAUGAGUUUAUGACAUCAGGGUACCUUCCUACUCGUCUUCCAACCUCGUGUCUUACAAUGGCACCACGUUUUGAUGCUAAGAACAUAUCUAUCAUAUCCACAACAAACUCGAGAAAGCCUCUUCUGGAAAUAAACAAGGAUGAACAAUUUGGAGCACUGAGUAAGCCCAACACUCCAGUGAAACUGCCUGCUGUUCCAGAAGGGGUCACUAUGCCAGACAAGCAAGGGAAACCUGAAAAAGUUGUUAAACCAUCUGUCUCUGAUGUCCCUCCUGACUAUUACCUCAGCGAUAUGUUUUCAAUGCUGACUUCUGUGGUGGGAGCAAAGCCUGCAGAUAAAGCAGUUGUGCAAGAAGAUGAAGCCUUAGAUCCUGCUGCUAUUCCAAUCUUCUGGGUUAGUAAAUGGGUGGAUUACACAGACAAGUAUGGACUUGGAUACCAACUGUGUGACAAUAGUGUAGGAGUUCUUUUCAACGAUUCCACUCGUAUUAUUCUGCUAGCUGAUGAGUUGAAUGUCCAAUACAUUGAACGCGAUGGGCAGGAAAGUUACUACACUUUACAAAAGUUCCCAGAGUCACUGAACAAAAAGGUUACUCUUCUAAAAUAUUUUCGCAACUACAUGAAUGAGCACCUCCUUAAGGCAGGAGAGAGUAUUGUUCCUAGGGAGGGAGAUGAGCUCAUUCGACUUCCCUACCUACGAGCUUGGUUCCGUACAAGAAGUGCCAUUGUUCUGCAUCUUACAAAUGGAACACUACAGAUUAACUUCUUUCAAGAUCACACCAAAAUUAUUUUAUGUCCUCUUAUGGGAGCUGUUACGUAUAUUGAUGAGAAGCGAGAUUUUCGUACUUUUCGACUAAAGCUAAUUGAAGACCUUGGAUGUUCUCGGGAACUUGCUUCACGGCUGCGAUAUGCACGAACAAUGGCUGAAAGAUUGUUAGCCUCACAGUCUGGAUCAUCAAAAAAGAAAACUCCUGCAUAGAGAUGUACUGUUAUGUAAUAAACCAAAGACUAGAUUCUCUGCUACUUUCAAGAAUUACACUGCUCGAGCCUCUUCAAGCAUUUUAAAUACUUGGAUAGUGACUAAAGCAACAUGGCCACUCAAUAAUACUUACCACAAAUUCUCCUAGUUAAGUUUCUAUUUUCUUUAAUUAAGAGCUUAGACACUCCAUCUUACCUUUUAAUGGUCACUAUAAGGAGUUUUCUCAAAUGUUGUGAAUAAUGCUUUUCUGAAUUAGUAAAUUACCAUGGCAUACAGAUCUUGAGUUCAUUACAUCGCUCACUGAUUGCUUAGAAAACAAUGAAAGUAUUGGAUUCCCUUUAAUAUUUUGUACAUAUAAACACUGGUCUGUAAUCGGACUUUUUUUUCUCAAUUUUUAUUUCUAUUUUGCUUUUUGUAAGUUGCAUAUUUUUUUUUAAUUAAUUGGCAGUGCUACUAGAUUACUAUGCUUUUAUAAGGGGAUUUUUUUUUUUUUUUUACAUUUGAAGGCUGUUGCAUGUGAAGUUUUUGUAUAUUAUAGUAGAAUUAUGAUUUCAGAAACUGCAGCUGUCGAAUAAUUAAUUAUAUUGUAGUAGCAAGAAUUUUUUGAAUUAAAAGAGUGGGAAGUUUGUGGGUAAAAACAAAACUAUCAGCUCUUUGGCCUUUUUAAAUUUUUUGACAAAAAAUAUACAUAGACAAACCUCAACUGGUUUGUUUUGCAAUUUUACUUUAAUAGUUCUUAAAGAUGUAAAAUAUAGUUCAUCUUGAAAUUUCAGUAUUAUGUAAUAUAAAUUUAUUUUAUGAUCUAAUGCAACAUACUAAACAACAUAGGUCUUAUGAAUGGUGUGUUAGUGACAAUAAACUUAUCCUUUGAUUAAAAUAAUUUAGACUGUAGACAUUACUCAACAAAUCAAUACAACAGGUACUGUGGUCAUCACCCAUACAUGUAAAAAUGGAAUUGAAAAGUAAAAAUUUUUUAUAAAAUCAAAUUAGGAAAUAUUUUAUGUAAAACCUUUUGUCACCUAUAUGAUGUGCUACAAAAAAAAACUCAAGAACUGUUAAGUAAGUGUGAUGUUACAAAACUUGUGAAUAUAGCAGAUAGCAAUUUUUUGUACUAAUACAUUAGGUCAAGUAAGAGGGGAUCUCCCUUAACUAUAUUUCCUUCAGUUAAACCAGUCAUUACAGUUUUAUUUAUCCCUAAGCUUAAAAACAUUAUACAUAUUGAAGAUUAAAAGCAUGAUUAAAAACUGUUUGAUUUAUUCAAGCACACUAGUAAAGUUCUCAUUUCAAUCUUUUCAUAUAAAUACUAUCAUGCUCAAUUUAUUUUUUACCAGCAGCAGCUUUAUGAUUUUAUACCUUUAAGGAAAAUGUGUUCAUUCUUUGGAAAGUUCGUUGGUUUAUGUAUAUAUUCUGACAAGUAUCUUUAUCUGAAUCUGGUUAUCUAAACAAAAAUUGCAUUAUGACUGAAACAGUGUUAUCAUUUUAGAGUUCAAGUUUGAAGUUCAAACCACUGACUGUAGCAAGUAUUUUAUUUCUUACAAAUAUUAGGUUAGUCCAUCAUUUUUGAAAAAAAAGUUCAAUAUGUAAGCUGAAAUGUAUAAAGUGUGUCUAGAUUACAUUAAAACCCAGGAAAAUUAAAUCUUGGCUCUUGUUGCUGUGUGUUUAGAUUUUUUGUUUUAAACAGCUGAGGCAUAUGUCUAAAUUAAACUCAGGUGUGGUUGUUGUGCACAGUUCACAACUGUGAAUGUACCAUUAUUAACUUCAAUAAAAUGCUUG